AUGUUGAAUGGGCAAUCAAAAGAAGAGAUUUUGAAGAAUCGAAUACGGGUAAAGGCAACAACUGAAACCAUUCAAGUACUUGCUCUUCAAGGACUUGGUUUUAGAGGUCAUGACGAAAGCUCGAUUUCAUUCCAAGGUAAUCUAAUUGAAUUAUUAAAGUUCAAGGCGAGAGGAAAUGAUGCACUUGAGAGCAUUAUAUUAAAGAAUGCUCCACAAAAUGCAAAAUACACUUCUCUGAAGAUCCAAAAGGAGAUUUUGCAUAUACUUGCUAACAGAGUCAAGAAUGUGAUUUUGAUGAAGUUCCAGGAGUGCCUUGGUGAGUUAAAAUCUUUUCAUAAGAGUGAGGUUGAAAAUAUGUUGGCUGGUGGUGAGCGUCAAUCUUCUAAAGGGGCCAAUCAAAUUGGUACCUUGCAUCGAGCUGGAGCUAUUCGUUGGAGCUCGCAUUAUGACUCUGUUAACAACUUGAUUGAUAUGUAUGAGGCAUCUUGUAAAACUCAAGAUAUCUUAAAUGUGAUGAAAUUAGUCUCCACAACAAAAACUCUCCUUCAAAAACUUAGACAAGAUGAUUGGGAUAUUUUUCUUGCAAAUGUGGUGUCAUUUUGCAAUCGACAUAACGUUGCGGUGCAUGAUAUGAGUUCUCCUUAUGAAGAGGGUACAAGUCGUUGUCGUCAACAAAAUCAUAUUACAAUUGAGCAUCAUUAUCACUUUGACAUAUUCAACUCUACAAUUGAUUUUCAAUUAAUGGAGUUAGAACAUCGAUUUAAUGAUGGGAUAGUGGAACUUCUUUCUCUUAGCUCGGCUUUGGAUCCUAGUGGCAAUUUUAGGUCUUUUAAUGUGGAAAAUAUUUGCAAUCUUACCGAGAAAUUUUAUCCCUAA